GAUGGGACGUUGACUUUCUUGGGAUGUUACACUGAAGGUCGAACUCAUGAGAGUUGCGGGGUAAAAGGGAGAUGAAGAUGGACUCGAGAAAAGUCAUAAAAACAACGGGGUAUCCCGUCAGUGCGUGCGUUCGUUCAUGAGCGAGUAAUCGCUGGUUUCAUUUUGAUUUGGGAGUGCGAAGGGCGAUCACCAAAAGCAGCAACAAUGCUUCACAACCGCCUUCUUCUGAGCUUGCUCUCAGUCGUCCUGGGGCUAGCCACAUCCACAGCCCUCGCUGCACUACAAAUUGUUCCCGGAGGGACUUGGACAGCCUCCAAUGGCGAGCACCUCAACGCGCACGGCGCCGGCGUCAUCCAGGUCAACAACACCUUCUACCUCAUCGGCGAAGACAAAUCCCAAGGUUCCUCCUUCUUUGCCGUCAACUGUUAUUCGUCUGUCGACCUCGUCCAAUGGACGCACGAGGGCGCUUUACUUUCGCGGACAUCAUCAUCAGGCGAUCUCGGACCGAACAGGAUCAUUGAACGACCCAAAGUCAUUUACAACGAUCUCACAAAAAAAUAUGUCAUGUGGAUGCAUGUCGACAGCACUAACUACGGAGACGCCAAAGUGGGCGUGGCGACGAGCGAUACCGUGUGCGGGAAGCCGUAUGAGUACCAUGGAAGUUUUAGGCCGUUGGGGAUGGAGUCGAGGGAUAUAGGGCUGUUUAAAGAUGAUGAUGAUGAUGAUGGGAGGGCGUAUUUGUUGACGGAGGAUCGCAAAAACGGCCUCCGCAUCAACCUCCUCACCCCGGACUACCUCUCCAUCUCCGGCACCACCUCCACCCACCUCUUUCCCACGGCCAUCGAAUCCCCCGCCCUCCUCAAACUUUCUUCUGGGCGUUACUUCCUCUUCGGCUCCCACCUAACAGGCUGGUCCCCCAACGACAACGUCUACACCACGUCCACCAAUCUCUCGGGGCCCUGGACCGACUGGAAGAUUUUUGCCGACAAGGGAAGCAACACCUACGCCUCCCAGACCUCUUUUAUCCUCCACUACGGCAACGGAAACGUAAUGUACAUGGGCGACAGAUGGCACUCCUCCAACUUACAAAGCAGCAGCUACAUCUGGCUACCGCUCAAUAUCAGCGGGACAGAAGUGAUACUAAAAAAUAGAGGUAGUUGGGUGCCAAACGCAAACUCUGGGUUAGCAUGGGCCGAAAGCCCGGCUGAAAAUAGUUACGAGGGCGAGCAGGGAGAAUAUUCCGGGGGCGCGAAAGAGGUUAGUUGCUCCCCGUGUUCAAAAGGGAAAGCAGCGGGGUAUAUCGGGGGGACUACCACCAACGGAUCAGUCACGAUUUCCGGCGUGAGAAGUGAUAGUGACAACGGGGGAAAAGGAGGAGGGGUAACGACGAUACAGAUAAGAUACAAGAACGGGGAUACGAACCCGAGGUAUGCUUCUGUUCGCGUUAAUGGGGGAGCGCCGCAAAAAGUGGCGUUUGAAGGGACGGCGGGGGAAGUAGGGGUUAGUAGUGUGGUGGUUAGAGGGGGGUUGAGGAAGGGGAGUGGGAAUACGAUUGUGGUGAGUGGGUGGGAGGGAGCAGGAUGGGGACCGGAUAUUGAUAGGGUUGUUGUGCCUGUUGAGUAA